CGUCCCGAGGCGAGCGAGUGGAGCGGCCUGUGGAACAGUCGGUGAACGAUACAUCGAAGGAAGACGAGAAGGACUAAGUUUAUAUAUCCUGCUGCUUUAUUACAACGUUGUUAGAGUAAUUCGCGAUUGGCGAAUAGUGUAAUAAAAGGUCAAGGAAAGAAAAAAAUGACUGCAGUUUUGCGCGUGAAACGCAAGAACACCGACACCCCCCUUGAUAAACUGGUGAUAGCAUGCAAACGUGCGAGAACCGGGUCGCCUCUUCUGGACGAAAACGAGCCCGCCAUCCAAACGGUCGUCCAGUUCGCCACGACUCUCACAGAUCCGACAGAGGAUGUCGCGCAGCAUGUCGCCAAAGUUAUGCCCAAGAUAAACACAGAAAUAGCCAAAGUUGGCACCAAGCGAACAUGCGGGCAAACAGACGGCAAUCAUCAUGCAAAUAUAUCAAACAAGAAAUGGAUAGGAAUGGAGCCCUUGGGAGAAAGAUAUAAAGUUGUUAAUUGCCAGCGUUCUCAAGAUACAUUAAAAACUGAGGAAAAGUUAGAAGAGAAAUGGCUGACGCUUAUAGAUGUGGAGGAUUCCUGGAGUGUUUCCACUAUAACAGCAACACAGAAUGCAAAAGAAACAGAGGAUAUUGAAGAGUUUGUAUUUGAUUUAUAUUGUGGGCCAACAACUAAUGAUGAUGUGUGGCUUGAAAAUAAUGAAAUAUUGGUUCAAGAGCCAGAAUAUCCAGAUUUCGAUUACGAUGAUGAAAGUGCUGAAUCUACGGAUGAUUCAAAUGCAGAAUCCCAUUGGUUAAAUGAUUAUCCUGAUACUGAUUAUGAUCGUUCCGGAGAUGAAGAUUAUGAUUCUGAUUAUUCCAAUAAUGAUGACUAUUUACAUGUUGAUCCGAAUGAAGAAGAAGAUAUAAAAAUAUACGGAUGCAGUUAUGCUAACUAUAGAAGAAUGAUACAGGCUGCUAAUUUGAAUAAUAGCUCUAGUAGCAAUUCAUCAGAUGACGAAGGAAGGUCAUCAAAUUAUUCAAGUGAAGAAAACGAAUCGAUGGAUAUAGUAUAAAAAUCCUAAAAUGUUAGUUACAAAGUA